GGAAUCCUUACGCUCUGGCAUGGUGCCUGUGCUCCUCCUCCUCCUGGGCGUGAUGCUGGGCUGCAGCACAGCCUGCUCACUGGACAGGGGUGCAUCUUGGAGCCUGCGCCUGCAGCGCGGGGAAUCCGUCAGGUUGUUAGGGCAGCUGAAAAGCCUGCCGGGCCACCAGUGCCUGCGGGACAGAAUGGAUUUCAGAUGUCCCUGGAAGCAAGGGCGGAUCAGCCAAGGGGAGCAGAAAGAAGAAGAUGCCACCUGUUGCCACUCCGAGAUGCUCAGGCAGCUCCUCCAGCUCUUCGCGACAGAGGCCAGCAGAGAUGCCUGGGCAGAGAGGCCGCUUGGGCAACUUGUCACUAGUCUGUUGAGUGGCCUGGAAGCGCUGGAGGGGAGAGCAGCGGAGCCAAGCCCAUCCUGUGCACCUCCUUUGGCCAUGGCCAUCCGCACCUACUUUUGGGGGAUCUCCCGCUAUCUCCAGGCAAAGGGAUACAGCCCUUGCUCCUGGGAGAUCAUCAGAGCGGAAAUGCAAGUGGCCCUUAGGACAUUCCCAGUGCCUGCAGAGAGAAGCCCCAAGAAGAGAAGAAGGUCCAUGGAGGAAUCCCCGCCGCUCAGGUGACAGCAUGCUCAGGGCCUCAAGUCGGAACACACACACACACACACACACACAGUCGCCUCCGGGACUUCAUGAAAGGCGUCCGAAUGGAAAACGAGGGCACGAGCAUCCAUUUCUUUGAAGCAUCCCAUCGUCCAUCACGCUCUACCAAUGGGAGACUUGAAGGGCCGGGUGUGUCAUAUCACAUCUGUUUCCUAAUAAAGCUAUGAUUCCAAA